AUCAGUGGCUAUGUGCGCCCACAGGCGACUCUGAAUCGUCCGUUUGAAGCUGCUCUCCGUCCGCAGAACCUGACGCCACCAUCUUUUCUUUAUCUAUUGGAUAUUGAUCAUAACUUCAAAUGGCUUCCUCCACUCUCAUUAGUGACACUCAACCUUGGAAGGAGUUGAGGGCCCAUGUUGAUGAGAUCAAAAAGACCCAUUUACGUGAUCUAUUGGGUGACGUCAAAAGAUGUGAAUCAAUGGCAGUUGAGUUUGAUGGAAUUCUGUUGGAUUACUCAAGGCAACAGGCUACUCUUGACACGAUCAAUAAACUCUUUAACUUGGCUGAGGCUGCAUCUCUGAAACAAAAGAUUAACAGCAUGUACAAUGGGGAGCAUAUUAACAGGACAGAGAAUAGAUCAGUGCUUCAUGUAGCCCUUCGUGCUCCAAGGGAUUCUGUUAUACAGAGUGAUGGAAAGAAUGUUGUCCCGGAGGUUUGGAAAGUUCUGGAUAAGAUCCGGGAGUUCUCUGAGAGGGUCCGCAGUGGAUCUUGGGUUGGAGCUACAGGAAAGGUUUUGAAGGAUGUUGUUGCAAUUGGUAUUGGGGGAAGCUUCUUAGGUCCCUUGUUUGUGCACACUGCUCUUCAAACGGAUCCUGAAGCUAUUGGAUCGGCAAGAGGUCGUCAGCUGCGCUUUCUUGCAAAUGUUGAUCCAAUUGAUGUUGCUAGGAAUAUCACAGGAUUAAAUCCUGAAACUACCCUAGUUGUGGUUGUUUCAAAGACUUUCACAACUGCUGAAACCAUGUUGAAUGCACGAACGCUCAGGGAAUGGAUUUCAUCUGCCUUAGGGCCCUCUGCUAUAGCAAAGCAUAUGGUGGCAGUCAGCACAAAUCUCACGCUUGUGGAGAAGUUUGGCAUUGACCCCAAUAAUGCUUUUGCGUUUUGGGACUGGGUUGGUGGCCGGUAUAGUGUUUGCAGUGCUGUUGGAGUGUUGCCAUUAUCUCUACAAUAUGGUUUCUCAGUAAUUGAAAAGUUUUUAAAGGGAGCAUCCAGCAUUGACCAACAUACACUUUCGGAACCUUUUGAGAGAAAUCUACCUGUGCUUCUGGGAUUGUUGAGCAUAUGGAAUGUUUCAUUUCUUGGAUAUCCUGCCAGAGCUAUCUUGCCUUACUCUCAGGCCCUGGAAAAGUUUGCCCCACACAUUCAACAGGUUAGCAUGGAAAGUAAUGGAAAGGGUGUAUCAAUUGACGGUGUCCCUUUACCAUUUGAAGCUGGUGAAAUUGAUUUUGGCGAACCAGGGACUAAUGGGCAGCACAGCUUUUAUCAACUUAUACACCAGGGGCGCAUUAUUCCUUGUGAUUUUAUUGGAGUUGUGAAAAGUCAGCAACCAGUUUACCUGAAAGGUGAGGUAGUGAGCAACCAUGAUGAGCUAAUGUCCAACUUCUUUGCACAACCAGAUGCCCUUGCAAAUGGGAAGACCUCAGAGCAAUUGCAAAAAGAGAAUGUAGCUCCACAUCUUAUUCCUCACAAGACAUUCUCUGGUAACCGCCCUUCUCUCAGCCUUUUGCUUCCAUCACUGAACGCUUAUAAUAUUGGACAGUUAUUGGCAAUUUAUGAACACAGAAUUGCUGUUGAAGGUUUCAUAUGGGGCAUCAAUUCUUUUGACCAGUGGGGAGUGGAGCUGGGAAAGUCAUUGGCCACUCAAGUUAGAAAGCAACUUUAUGCAUCUCGUUCCAAAGGAGAACCAGUUGAGGGAUUCAAUUUCAGUACUACAAGAAUGUUGAAGAGAUAUCUUAAGGCUAGUGCAGAUGUUCCGGCAGACCUUCCAACUCGUUUGCCACAGAUAUAACUGUCUUUUUGCGAGUCAUGUUUGCUUCGAAAUUGGUCAAAACCAAUAUCAAUCGCAUAGCCCUCACGCAGGCAAAUAGUUUUAUAACCGACUUUCUUUUUGUAACUUGUGAAUUCUGAUUGCAUGUCGCAGGUUACUGGUUAUCGUUUGAAAUAAUUUAUAGACUUUACAGAAAUCACAAGAGAAUGAAUUCAAGUUCUUGAAAAUUAUGAGAAUGCCAGUAUGCUUCUGUUGGGUGUUAAACAAGGGCAUGGCCAGUAAUUUGAUAAUCUUCCUCGAUUCCUUUAA